CUCAGAGCUGCAGGCUUCUCAUUGCUCUUCACUCCCAGGAGAGAUCAGCAGCUCUGACCCGCGCUGCCAGCUGCAAGGAGCUGACCUGCAUUCAGAUCAAUCACGCUGCUGCAGAGCUCUGAAGCCACUACCUGUGGCUGACCUUAGCGGCUGCACACCUCCCCCCAGGCUAAGACGGGAAUUGUUUUAUGGGCUUUGCAAGGGAAUUGUUCUGUCACUUGUGAGGAACAACGCUGAAGGCUGCAAGCAGUAAUUCUCCUCAGGAUACUCUCCUUUUCUCCAUGGAGCUCGGCACAGGUGUCAGUCUAUGAUUGUGUGAGGUCGUAGCCAAUCAGCAGCAGUGUCAGGACCAGAGGACAGUGUACCAGCAGUCAGACCAUGGACCUUAGAUUCACACGGCUGUCACCUCUCACCAGGGGAGCUCUUCAUCUCCUGCUGCUGGCCAGACUGGUGCUGCCUUCUCACACAGAGAGCAUGCCCAGCUUCAUCAAGUCCCCUGACGAUCAGACAGGGAUUUCGGGAGGAGUGGCGUCGUUCGUAUGCCAGGCGGUGGGUGAGCCCAAACCUCGCAUCACCUGGAUGAAGAAGGGGAAGAAAGUCAGCUCACAGCGCUUUGAGGUGAUUGAGUUUGAUGACGGCUCAGGCUCGGUGCUGCGUAUCCAGCCUUUGAGGACCCACCGCGAUGAAGCCAUCUAUGAAUGCACAGCCACCAACAGUGUGGGAGAGAUCAACACCAGUGCCAAGCUCACUGUCUUAGAAGAGGACCAGAUCCCUCAUGGUUUCCCCACCAUAGACAUGGGGCCCCAGCUGAAGGUUGUCGAGAGAACGCGUACUGCUACGAUGCUGUGUGCAGCCAGCGGCAACCCUGACCCAGAGAUCUACUGGUUCAAAGACUUCCUGCCUGUGGACAUCAGCAGCAGCAACGGCCGCAUAAAACAGCUGCGUUCAGGUGGUACACCAAUCAGAGGAGCACUUCAGAUCGAGAACAGUGAGGAGUCGGACCAGGGCAAGUACGAGUGCGUGGCAGUCAACAGCGCCGGGACUCGCUACUCGGCUCCGGCUAACCUUUAUGUUCGAGUUCGUCGUGUGCCUCCCCGUUUCUCCAUCCCCCCCACCAAUCAUGAGGUGAUGCCCGGGGGCAGCGUCAACCUGACCUGCGUUGCGGUCGGGGCCCCCAUGCCUUAUGUCAAGUGGAUGAGCGGCGAGGUGGAGCUGACCCGGGAGGAAGAGAUGCCGAUUGGCCGCAACGUCCUAGAGCUCACCAACAUCCGACAGUCUGCCAACUACACCUGUGUGGCCAUAUCCUCCCUGGGCAUGAUCGAGACCACGGCCCAGAUCACUGUCAAAGCCCUGCCCAAGCAGCCCACCUCCCUCAUUGUGACAGAAACCACAGCCACCAGUGUCACCCUGACCUGGGACUCUGGCAACCCAGAACCAGUGUCCUACUAUGUUAUCCAGUACCGCGCCAAACUCUCUGACAAUGGCUUCCAGGAAGUAGAUGGAGUAGCCACAACCCGAUACAGCAUUGGUGGUCUCAGCCCCUUCUCCGAAUAUGAGUUUCGCGUGAUGGCUGUCAACAAUGUCGGCCGGGGUCCUCCCAGCGGCAUCGUGGACACGCGUACAAGUGAGCAAGCACCCUCAUCGCCUCCUCUUCGCGUCCAGGCUCGCAUGCUGAGCUCUAGCACCAUGCUGGUUCAGUGGGAACCUCCAGAGGAGCCCAACGGCCAGAUCCGGGGCUACCGAGUUUACUACAGCUCAGAGCAUGAAACCCCGCUCAGUGCCUGGCAGAAACACAACACGGAUGACAGCCAGCUCACCACCAUCUCAGGUCUAACCACAGAUAUCACCUACAGCCUGAGGGUACUGGGCUUCACAUCUGUUGGAGACGGGCCUCCCUCUGAUGUUCUGCAGAUCAAGACCCAGCAGGGAGUUCCAGCUCAGCCAUCUACUUUUGAGGCCGAGACUGAGCUGGACUCACAGAUCAUGCUCUCAUGGCUUUGGCCUGUCCAGGACCCUAUCAUUGGCUUUGAACUGCUCUACUGGGAGGCCAACAAUCCCACAGACAAGCAUCGUGUCAUUUUCGACCCAGCAGGCUACUAUGCAGUUGAUGGUCUAAAGCCGGAUACACUGUACAUGUUCUCCCUGGCAGCAAGAUCUGAAAUGGGUUUAGGAGUCUUUACCCAACCUAUUGAGGCCAGGACCGCCCAAUCCACCCCUUCAGCCCCUCCCCAGGAGGUACACUUACUCAGCCUCAGCUCCACCAGCAUCAAGGUGAGUUGGGUGGCGCCGCCCACAGACAGCCGCCAUGGGGAGAUAGUGUGCUACUCCCUGGCCUUCCAAGCAGUCACAGGGGAGGAUGUGGAAAGGCACCACGUGUCAGGGAUUGGUGCUGAUGUCACCAGCUAUGUGCUGGAGGACCUGGAGAAGUGGACUGAGUAUUUGGUGUGGGUGAGGGCUCACACUGACGUUGGGCCCGGCCCGGAGAACCCUGCAGCCCGCAUCAGAACUAAGGAAGAUGUGCCCGGAGCUCCUCCCAGGAAGGUAGAGGCAGAUGCCCUCAACUCCACUGCCCUUAGGGUGACCUGGAAGCCACCCCUGUCUGUAAAGCAGCAUGGCCAGAUCAGAGGCUACCAGCUGGUCUACUCCAGGCUAGAGAACGGGGAGCCUCACGGCCAGCCAGUCAUCAUGGACGUUUCCCUCCCUGAAGCCCAGUGGAUUGAUGAGGACUCAACGGAUUACGAGGCCAUUAUAACAGGUCUGCUCCCAGAGACUAUGUACUCUGUGACUGUGGCUGCAUACACCACCAAGGGCGAUGGAGCUCGCAGCAAGGCCAAGGUGGUCACCACCACAGGAGCAGUGCCUGGCAAACCUACCAUGAUGAUCAGCACCACCAUAGGGAACACUGCCCUGAUCCAGUGGCAGCCCCCUAAGGAGAUAGUGGGUGAGCAUGUGGGAUACCAGCUGCAGUACAAAAGAGCAGAGGAGGGAGCUUUCAUUGUUAAAGACUUCAGACAGACAGAUGAUCAUUUCACAGUCACUGGCCUCCACAAGGGAGCCACCUACAUUUUCAAAUUGUGCUCCAAAAACCGAGCAGGCAACGGAGAGGAGUAUGUAAAGGAGAUCAGCACACCUGAAGACAUUCCCAGCAGCUACCCCCAGAAUCUGAGUGUGGUAGGCCUGACCGCCACCUCCACUAAGCUGGCCUGGGACCCCCCUCCUCUGGCCGAGAGGAACGGGAAGAUUGUGAAGUACGUGGUGGUGUAUCGAGAUAUCAACAGCCAGCACAACAGCACCAACACUACCACGGAAACACAGAUGACCGUCCAAGGUUUGCAGCCUGACACAACCUACGACAUCAGAGUCCAAGCUUUCACCAGCAAGGGGGGAGGACCCAUAAGCCCCAGCAUUCAGAGCAGAACCAUGUCUGCCUCUAUGCCAGACCUUCCCUCAGUAUUCACCAAGAACUUUGGUGUGAAGGCUGUGAUGAAAACCUCUGUCCUGCUGACCUGGGAAGUGCCAGAAACCUACAAAUCUCAAGUGCCUCUUAAGAUCCUGUACAACCAGCAGAGUGUGGAGGUCCCAGGCAACCUAAAGAGGAAGUUGAUCACACAGCUGCAGCCAGAUACUGAUUAUUCCUUUGUGCUAAUGAGCCGAGGGAACAGUGCAGGUGGCCUUCAGCAGCAAGUUUCCAUCCGAACAGCUCCAGACCUGCUGAAGAUGAAACCAAUUCAAUACCAACACGAUAUGGAGGAGGGUGGUAAAGUGACCAUCAGUCUUCCCAGGGCCCCUGCUGGUGCACCCAUCAGAUGGUACUACAUAGUGGUUGUCCCUGUCACCCCGGCUUCUCUGAGGAGAUGGGAGAACCCUGAAGACAUGGACAUACAUGAGCUCCUGGAGGCUGGUGCUGACAGCAGUCUGCAGAGGAAGAGGAGACAGAGCCAGGACUUCCUGCAGCCCUACAUCACUGCCAAGCUGGACGGUCUGCCUGAGAUUUUCACUCUGGGUGAUGAGAAGAAAUACAACGGCUACUACAACAAACCCCUCGCUGGCCAGCAACAGUAUCGUUGCUUUGUUCUGGCUGACCUGAUGGACCACGAGUCUCAGAGGACAUUUGCGGCCAGCCCGUUCUCUGAGCCCAUCACGGUGAAGCUCCACAGUGGGAUGACGCGACAAACUGAGGACCCAGAGAUGCUGUGGGUGAUGGGUCCAGUGCUGGCUGUCAUUCUCAUCAUCAUCAUAGUCAUUGCUAUUCUACUCUUCAAGAGCAAACAAGAAAGGAAACGAACAUCUCCAGCCAAGGACGAGCACAUGGCAGGGGUCAAGGACUCACUGCUGGCCCACUCCUCAGAUCCUGUGGAGAUGAGGAGACUCAACUAUCAGACACAAGGUUCCAGUGCCCUCAGUUGCCCGAACACUCCAAGGAUGAGGGAACAUCCUCCCAUUGCUACCUGUGACCUGGCAGAUCACAUAGAGAGACUCAAAGCCAACGAUGGUCUGCGCUUCUCCCAGGAGUAUGAGUCUAUUGAUCCAGGGCAGCAGUUCACCUGGGAGCACUCCAACCUGGAGGUCAACAAGCCAAAGAACCGAUAUGCAAAUGUUAUUGCCUACGACCACUCCAGGGUCAUCCUCACACCCGUGGAUGGAGUUCCAGGCAGCGACUACAUUAAUGCCAACUACAUUGACGGCUACAGGAAACAGAAUGCUUACAUCGCCACACAGGGGCCUCUGCCAGAGACGCUGACCGACUUCUGGAGGAUGGUGUGGGAGCAGAGGACCUGCACCAUUGUUAUGAUGACUCGCCUAGAGGAGAAGUCACGGGUGAAGUGUGACCAAUAUUGGCCCAGCAGAGGCACAGAAACUUAUGGGAUGAUUCAGGUGACCAUGUUGGACACUGUGGAGCUGGCUACAUACAGUGUCCGUACAUUCGCCCUCUUUAAGAAUGGCUCGAGUGAGAAGAGAGAGGUUCGACAGUUCCAGUUCAUGGCCUGGCCUGACCACGGAGUGCCUGAGUACCCCACCCCAACGCUAGCCUUUCUACGCAGAGUCAAGGCCUGUAAUCCUCCAGACACUGGACCCAUGGUGGUCCACUGCAGUGCUGGUGUGGGCCGGACUGGCUGCUUCAUUGUGAUCGAAGCCAUGCUGGAGAGGAUGAAACACGAGAAGUCAGUAGACAUUUACGGUCAUGUGACAUGCAUGCGAGCUCAGAGGAACUACAUGGUGCAGACGGAGGAUCAGUACGUGUUCAUCCACGAGGCGCUGCUGGAAGCUGCAACGUGUGGCAACACAGAAGUCCCUGCCCGAAACCUGUACGCCCACAUUCAAAAGCUCACCCAGAUCCCUCUUGGAGAGACUGUCACCGCCAUGGAACUGGAGUUUAAGAAACUGGCCAACUCUAAAGCACAUACCUCAAGAUUCAUCAGUGCCAACCUGCCGUGUAACAAAUUCAAAAACCGCCUGGUGAACAUCAUGCCUUUCGAGUCCACCCGUGUCUGCCUGCAGCCAAUCAGAGGAGUGGAGGGCUCAGACUAUAUCAACGCCAGCUUCAUUGACGGAUACAGGCAGCAGAAAGCGUACAUGGCCACCCAGGGCCCGUUAGCAGAGACCACGGAGGACUUCUGGAGAAUGCUGUGGGAACACAACUCCACCAUCGUGGUCAUGCUCACCAAACUCCGCGAGAUGGGACGGGAAAAGUGCCAUCAGUACUGGCCUGCCGAGCGCUCUGCACGCUACCAGUACUUCGUAGUGGACCCCAUGGCUGAGUACAACAUGCCUCAGUACAUCCUGAGAGAGUUCAAAGUCACAGACGCCAGGGAUGGUCAGUCGAGGACCAUCAGGCAGUUUCAGUUCACUGACUGGCCGGAGCAAGGAGUGCCAAAAACUGGGGAGGGAUUCAUCGACUUCAUUGGCCAGGUCCAUAAAACUAAGGAGCAGUUUGGACAAGAUGGACCAAUCACUGUGCACUGCAGUGCUGGUGUUGGACGGACUGGUGUGUUCAUCACCCUGAGCAUUGUCCUGGAGAGGAUGAGGUACGAGGGAGUGGUCGACCUCUUCCAAACCGUCAAGACGCUACGAACUCAGAGGCCAGCCAUGGUGCAGACAGAGGACCAGUACCAACUGUGCUACCGGGCUGCUCUGGAGUACCUGGGAAGCUUUGAUCACUAUGCAACAUAACCCCACACAGAAAGACACCCUCAGAAGAGUUCCGCGUCUCCUCUGAGCCACAUCCACUCAGCUCUGUCAACCCCUGCGGCCUGAUGAGGAGGCUGCGAGGAGGACUGCUGAGGAGGUCACCGCAGCAGGAAACGGGAGAUUAGACUAGAGGGAAAGGGGAGAGGGGGACAGGAUGACCUCCUCCUGGACUGGUGCCAUGAUUCUGCCACAGAAACCCCCCACCCUGCACGCACACACACACACACACACACACACACACACACACACGUGCACACACACACGUGCACACGCACACACGCACACACGCACACACACACACACACACACACACACAUACAAACAUCCCAAAAACCAACCCUCAAUGACUUGUAUUCUGAUUCUUGACUGAAUACUUCUGUCACUCCCCAGUUUCUGCCUCCUCCUACUAGCAAAAACUAUUUUUCUGCUUUUUUCCUUUAUAUCCAUCAUUACUAUGUUGUUCUGAAUAUUUAGAAUUUAUUUUGUAAUCCCUUACACUGGUUAUUAUAUGUCUUAAUUGGUCUUUUUUUAAAUGUGCUUAUCUUUUUAUUAUUUUAUUAGCACAAAGGACAUGUAUUUUCAACAUGCUCCGAGUUAUUAAUACAGGAGAGCGUAUACUCACAGCUGCUAAUAAUUUGAUUUUGUACCAUAGAUAUGAUACUCUAAUGUUAUCAUUACUCAGUUGCUCUUAUUUAGGGGGAAAUGUGGGUUUUAAAGUUCAACUGAAUGAUCUAGCAAGCAGAUCAAAUAAAGAGACGUUUGUGAACCGCAGUGUGAAAUAAACCUAUAAACAUGCAAAGACAUUUGAACUGCUAGCAUGUACAGAGUUUCUUGUCAAUCAUUGUUGACUAAUUUUCUCAAAGCCCGCAGAGAUCUGGAGACUUUCAACAAAAGAGAUAUGAAGCUGUCGGAAAGGUGGUGUGCACCAUACUGUCAGUUCCCCUCUUAAAGUGGACUGAACACAGACAGCCUGUUCUUGAGACUUUUUGUGAAACAAGUGUGAUCACAUGCUCCAUAAAUGAAAAAGGAAAGAAUCCUUUAUGACAUCAGGCAAGACAAGAUUACACAAAUUAUGACAAAGUGUCACUAAGAGCAUUGGACCAGGACACUGGAUAUGCAAAUGUUGUUUUAGUUUUAUCCUUUUUGGACAACAGCAGAGUUCUAUGGCACAGAGGAAUAAGAUCUAUCAGGCUUUGAUACACACACACAGUACUUGUUAGUAGAUACAUUCAUUGUUGAUUUGAGUCUGAACCUGGGAUUUGUUAACAUGGGAAAAGCUUUGAAUAUCGUAGUGGUAUCGUCUGGUUUUUGGUGCUCAUACUCAUUUCACAAAAAGUCCAGACAUUGUGUUGAUACAAAAAUAGCCCUAACUGAGUACCACCAUUACGUCAUGGACUACAUACACUGCACGCAACAUGACUCUGACAACAUACAGGAAGUGAUUUAGUGAUCUGCACACAUUUCUGACUUUCCCAAUUAUCUUACAACCCACACCUUUCUGUUUGCACACAUGGCUUUACAUAGACAGGACACAGAUACACUGGAUCCCCUUUCAUACUAUAUUACAGCUCAACUAUUUUAUCACUGUGUUGCAGCUGGACUAACUAAGAGCAGCAUCAGUGUUCAGUGGUGGAUCUCUGAGCUUUUCACUGGAUGAGAUGACAAAGUGAGGUGGUUGUGGGUGAAGAUUCAUUUCACAGAGUCACGCUGUAGGGGUCCUAGCUGUUGUAUACAUGAUCUGUUUUCUAUUUGUUAAUAAAAAGCAGAGAAAAUGUCUUGAAAACCUUGAUGUUAAUAAAGUUAUAUAAUUGGGUUUUUAAUAAAA